AUGCCUCAAUCGACCACUACCACGUCGUACACACAGUCUACCGUACCCGUGCCUAUUCGUGUUGUCACAGGGUACAACACCAGGACCUGCCUUCAUGCUAGGCACAUUAAGCGUCAACUUCAACGAAGGGAGUAUGGAAAGGCUUCUGAACUUGACCAUCAUUACUACCAUACGUUCGACAGAGUGUCAAUCGCCCUUACACAUGUGUUCCCAACCACGAUACGUUCCUCGAAACCUCACCCCUUUCCAUUCGUUCUGGCACCCUUCACCGCCCAUUUCUUUCGCAAUCUCGAGGACUACAAAUAA